AUGAGCCCCCCGGUCCCCGCCCCCGCCGGCAGGAUGCUGCUCGCCCUGGCCCUGGCCUGUGCCAGCCCCUUCCUGGAGCCGCCGGCGGCGCCGCGCCGGACGCUCAACGUGGCCGUGAUCCUGAGCGGGGCCUCCUACGGCCCCGCCGGGCCCCGCCUGACGCCCGGAACCUUCCGGAACUUCUCUCUGGAUGUGAACCCCGUGGGGGUGGUGUUGAACGACACCAACCCGCGCAGCCUGAUCGUGCGCCUGUGCGACGUCCUGUCCUCGCUGCGCAUCCACGGCGUCGUCUUCGAGGACGACACGCGCUCCGAGGCCGUGGCGCAGAUCCUCGACUUCAUCUCGGCCCAGACCUCCGUGCCCAUCAUCGGCGUCAACGGCGGCUCCGCCAUCGUCCUCACGCCCAAGGAGAAGGGCUCCACCUUCCUGCAGCUGGGCUCCUCCACGGAGCAGCAGCUCCAGGUGAUCUUCGAGGUGCUGGAGGAGUACGACUGGACGGCCUUCGCCGUGGUCACCACGCUGCUGCCGGGCUACGAGGACUUCGUGGACUACGUGGAGGUUCUGACCGACAGCAGCUUCAUCGGCUGGGAGCACCGCGGCGUGGUCACCCUGAACCUGACCGACGACCCCGAGGGCGCGCGGACGCGCCGGCAGCUGCGCGAGGUGACGGCGCAGAUCCGGCUGCUCUACUGCUCGCGCGACGAGGCCGAGGCCGUGUUCCGCGCCGCGCGCGACGCCGGCCUCACCGGGCCCGGCUACAUCUGGUUCGUGGUGGGCACCAACCUGGGAGGCAGCGAGCAGCUGCCCGAGCACGUCCCCGCCGGGUUGUUCGCGGUGCUGUCGGCCGGCUGGCGCGACGACCUCCAGCACCGCGUGCACAACGGCGUGGCCAUCGUGGCCAAGGGCGCCGAGGCGCUGCUGCGCGACUACGGCUUCAUCCCCGAGUUCAACAACGACUGCCGCACGCCCAACGUCACCCAGAUCAACGACAACCUGCACAGGUACUUCAUGAACAUCACGUGGGGGCAGAAGGAUUUCUCCUUCAACGAGGACGGGUACCUGGUGAACCCCUCGCUGGUCGUCAUCUCCCUCAACAAGGAGCGCAGCUGGGAGGUGGUGGGCAGCUGGGAGCAGCAGGUGCUGAGGCUCAAGUACCCGGUGUGGUCGCGCUACGGGCGGUUCCUGCAGCCGGUGGAGGACGGGCGGCACCUGACGGUGGCCACGCUGGAGGAGCGUCCCUUUGUCAUCGUGGAGAACAUCGACCCCGCCACCGGCACCUGCAUCCGAGACUCCGUGCCCUGCCGGCGCCAGCUCAACCGCACCGCCAGCCCCCCUCCCUUUGAGAAGAAAUGCUGCAAAGGUUUCUGCAUCGACAUCCUGAAGCGCCUGGCGCGGGCCCUGGGCUUCACCUACGACCUUUACCUGGUCACCAACGGCAAACACGGCAAGAAGAUCGACGGCGUCUGGAACGGCAUGGUGGGCGAGGUGUUUUACCGCCGUGCUGACAUGGCCAUCGGCUCCUUGACCAUCAACGAGGAGCGCUCCGAGAUCAUCGACUUCUCCGUGCCCUUCGUGGAGACCGGCAUCAGCGUCAUGGUGUCCAGGAGCAACGGCACCGUGUCCCCCUCCGCCUUCCUGGAGCCCUACAGCCCGGCCGUGUGGGUGAUGAUGUUCGUCAUGUGUCUCACCGUGGUGGCCGUCACCGUCUUCAUCUUCGAGUACUUCAGCCCCGUGGGCUACAACCGGAGCCUGGCCAGUGGCCAGCGUGCAGGGGGCUCCACGUUCACCAUUGGUAAAUCCAUCUGGCUGCUCUGGGCUCUGGUGUUCAACAACUCUGUCCCCGUGGAGAACCCCAAGGGCACCACCAGUAAGAUCAUGGUGCUGGUCUGGGCCUUCUUCGCCGUCAUCUUCCUCGCCAGCUACACGGCCAACCUGGCGGCCUUCAUGAUCCAGGAGGAGUACGUGGACACCGUGUCCGGCCUCAGUGACCGCAAGGAGCACUGA